GGACUCCGGCUUCAGUGCCUGUCCUCGGCGCUCGUGUUCCUCUCUCUCAUCUCCAGGGAGACAGGCUGCCCUGUGUACAGGAAGAGUACUUUCCCUAGACCUGGGAAGCCUGUCUGGCUCCCGCCUCAGCAGGGAUGGGACCGCUCGGUCACCACGCAUUGCCACGUGGUGGGAGAGGAGUGGCCUCCCCGGACCAGUUCACAGCGGCUGCUGGAGGGCAGCUCACGUGUGUGUGCGCCGCCCUUGAUCUCCAUGUUCUCCUUCCACCUUCAGUUUUGUUGGGUGAAGACACAGAACCAAAAUGCUGAAGAGCACGCCCGAGUUCACACAGGAGGCAGUGGAGCUGGAUUCGGACGUGGGGCCUUGGGUCCCAAAGCCUUUGUGUUUUCCCGCGGCAGCCAGGUUGUUCCGAGAGGCUGUCUCCAUCCCUGGUUUUAAAGCCAGCUGAAACUGGGUGUCCAGCUUGGCUUUAUCAUCAACUCUGAUUGGAGCUCAACCUCCCUGAGCCUAUGAAGUUCUCCUUCCUGUGUACUGGGUGCCGGUGACCGCGUAGGGUUACAGUGAGGGUGUGAUGAGACACCCACAAAAAGCAUGUAGCAGAGCUUUCCAGGCUCAGAGUAGGUCAGCGUGGCCCCUGCUGUCACCGCUGGGCUCAGACAGACAGAGGCACUUGACAAGCAUGAGGAGUGCAGCCAAGCCUUGGAGUCCGGUCACCAAAGUGGGGAGCCAUGGGACUGACCGCGCGCGGCCCCUUCCCGCAGCCUCUUCUGGCAUGAAGAGUUCUAAGUCUUCAACCUCGCUGGCUUUUGAGUCCCAACUCAGCAAGGAAUGGAAGAACAUACUCAGACCUAUAAGAGAUACGCAGGUCUGUCCAGCUCUGUGUUUGUCCCCGGGCACUGCCGUGCUCCUCAGAGGCCAUUACUGCAUCCUAAGCUCUGGGCAGCUCAAGAGGGCCAGCAGUGAGGACAUGCUCAACAAGCCAGGCAGUACCACAGCUUCUGGGGUAGUGCGACUGAAAAAGACGUCGACAGCGGGAACCAUCGCUGAGCUCACAGAGGUCCGCCUGAGGAGCAACCCAGGGGCGGUGACAACAACCAAACGGACAGGCAUUCCAGCUCCUCGAGAACUUUCGGCAACUAUCUCAAGAGAGAGAACUGUGCCACGUGGUCCCUCCAACCCAAAGAAAUCGGUGUCCAGUCCAACUUCUUCCUGCACACCCACCCCUACCAAGCACCUGAGGACCACUUCCACAAGACCCAAGCAAGAGAAUGAAGGUGGAGAAAAGGCUGUGCUUGAGUCCCAAGUUCGGGAACUUUUGGCAGAGGCCAAAGCAAAAGAUAGUGAAAUUAACAGGCUUCGAAGUGAACUAAAGAAAUGCAAGGAGAAAAGGACUCUGAACACUGAAGGAACUGAUGCUUUGGACCCAAAGGUAGAUGGAACAUCAGCUUCACCAGGUGACCCAGAACCUUUGAUAAGAGCUCUUGAGGAGAAGAACAAGACUUUUCAGAAAGAGCUUGCUGAUCUAGAGGAAGAAAACCGAGCCUUGAAGGAGAAAUUGAGUUAUUUUGAGCAUUCACCUAAUUCAGAAGGGGGAUCAAGUCACACUGGUGAUAGCAGCUGUCCAACAUCCAUCACCCAAGAGUCAAGCUUUGGAAGCCCAACUGGAAAUCAGUUGUCAGGUGAAAUUGAUGAGUAUAAAAAAAACGUACCCAAAAAUGUAUUGCGGACAUCAGGUUCUUCAAGCAGCGAUGUUACAAAAGCUUCUUUGUCACCCGAUGCCUCCGAUUUUGAGCACAUCACAGCAGACACCCCCUCCAGGCCCCUGUCUUCCAUGAGUAACCCCUUUAAGAGUUCAAAGUGUUCAACCACUGGGAGUUCCCCUAACAAUGUGAGUGAACUGUCCCUGGCUUCCCUUACGGAGAAGAUACAAAAGAUGGAAGAAAACCAUCAUAGCACAGCAGAAGAACUACAGGCUACUUUACAAGAAUUAUCAGACCAGCAACAGAUGGUGCAGGAAUUGACAGUGGAAAAUGAGAAACUGGUGGACGAGAAGACAAUUUUGGAAACUUCCUUUCAUCAGCAUCGAGAGAGGGCAGAGCAGCUAAGUCAAGAAAACGAGAAGCUGAUAAAUCUCUUACAAGAGCGAGUCAAGAAGGAAGAGCCCAGCACUCAGGAAGGAAAAGUCCUGGAGCUGGAGCAGAAGUGCACAGACAUCCUUGAGCAGGGCCGCUUCGAAAGGGAGAAGCUGCUCAACAUUCAGCAGCAGCUGACCUGCAGCCUGCGGAAGGCGGAGGAAGAGAACCAGGGAGCUGUCGAAAUGAUCAAACACCUGAAGGAAGAAAACGAAAAACUGAAUGGGUUUCUAGAACUGGAGCGGCAUAACAACAGUGUGAUGGCCAAAACUCUGGAAGAGUACACUGUUACCUUGGAGGGGCUGAAGAUUGAAAAUGGGUCUUUGAAGGCUUAUUUGGAGAAUGAGAAGCAAAAGGCUGCAGAGACCAGUCCCAUGGGGCAGACGGCAGAGGGCUGUGAGAUCCAAGAAUUACUGAAAGUAGCUCGAGCUGAGAAAGAUCAGCUGGAACUGUCUUGCACUGAACUCAGACAAGAAUUGCUAAAGGCACAUGGUGAAAUUAAACACAUUUCAAGCCUGCUCGCCAAGGUGGAAACGGAUUAUUCUCACUUGAAGGAGAUAUGUGAUCAUCAAGCAGAACAGUUGAGCAGAACCAGCCUCAAACUGCAAGAGAAAACUUCAGAGAAUGAUGCAGAAAUUAAAGACAUGAAAGAGACCAUAUUUGAAUUAGAAGAUCAGGUGGAACAGCAUCAAGCUGUCAAGUUACAUAAUAAUCAGCUCAUCAGUGAGCUAGAAAGCAGCGUGAUGAAGCUGGAGGAGCAGAAGGCAGACCUGGAAAGGCAGCUGAAGACUCUGACGAAGCAAAUAAAGGAGGAAACCGAGGAGUGGAGGCGGUUCCAGGCGGACCUGCAGACCGCAGUGGUGGUGGCCAACGACAUCAAGUGCGAGGCCCAGCAGGAGCUGCGCACUGUCAAGAGGAGGCUGCUGGAGGAAGAGGAGAAGAAUGCCAGGCUGCAGAAGGAGCUGGGGGACAUGCAGGGCCACAGCAGCUCCAUGGUCUCUGUGAGCUAGCAGAGCACUUGAUGGAAGAAAGACAGCCCAGCCCUUGCCAUGAUGGGGAACUACCGCCAUUGCUAUUUGAAAGGGGGAAUAAUGUAGAGGAGAAAUUACCUCUUUAUAAAGAGCCAGGUUGUCUCCUUAUAGCAUCUAGUUUCACAAACAGUCAUUGCAGUGAAGUUUACUUACCUUUUUUCUACAUUCUUGGAAUCAACUCAUUGCACAAAGAUGAUUCUUCCUCCCUUUUUUUUCCUUUUUCUCAGAAGAUUCAGCAGUCUUUUCUUUGGAGCAUAAAAUGAAAUUCUGAAGAAACACACACAUACACACACACACACACACACACACACACAUACACACAGUACAAAUCUGUUGUGGAAAAAAAAUGCAGCCAGAGUGUUUAGAGAGCGGUGGCAGAGCCAGUUCAGGGUGUUGAUGGGCACAAGCAAGCCAGCUUGUGUUCAACUUUGUGGAGCUUUUUCUUAUGCUUCCUUUUGAAUAUGGUGUCUGGUAAUCUUGAAAUGAACACUAGUUAAGGCAAGAGAAGAAACCAUCUGUGUGGCAUCUCAUUCUGAAGAAGUUAGAAAGUCCUGCUUUCUUUGUAUCAAGGCUUGAUGGAGCCUGGGGUCUGACUUCACUACCUCGUCUGAAACGGCCACCCACCGCGUUCUGGCUUUAUCCAAAAUGCUCUGUGGAGCUCAACAUAAAUAGAUGUUUGGGCGAUAAUAAAGGAUGUAGUUAAACCAGAUCGCUUAAUGCAGUGACAAUGCUAAUUGGAAUCUAACUGAAAACAACUACAACCAAAGCCUCGUGAGUAAAACUUACCCUGGAAACUUAAAGACUUUAAAAAUCUGAAGCCUAAAGCUCAAAGUGUGAGUUUACAGUUUUGGAAGCACAUGUCUGUGAAGAUCUGUACCAGUUCAGCAAAUCCUACCGCAGUCCUGAGAGGAACUGCCGUGCAUCCCGGUGUCGGUCGUUAGCAGCCACGUAUCGAAAGGAUACGACAGGAGUUGCUGUAUGAGCCAAGAAAAAUUAGAACAGGAAUGUCCUUCAACUCAGGGAGACAUCGUGCGUGUCACACUGGAGACCUAGUAGGAUAGAAAUUUAUAUAUUGAGAGACCUUUACCUCAGAUUGAGGAUUCUUAGAAUGAGGUAACAUUCAUUUGCUGAGUGUUUUCAAAUAUAAACAAUAGGAAAAUUUCAACCUCAACUUAAAAUGCCCAGCUGUAUUUGCACCCGUUUUGCUCUGUCUUUACUCU